AUGGACGACAUGAACAAGACUCAGGCCACAAUGUUUGUGUUUUCUGGACUGACCGAUGAUGCCAAACUUGCCCUUUUCCUCUUUGCUUUCUUUCUGCAGGUCUACAUCAUAACUGUAGUGGGUAACGUUGGUAUAAUAGUCAUUGUCCAGAAGACUUCCACCCUCCACACCCCCAUGUAUUACUUCCUCCGGUACCUCUCCCUUGUGGACCUCUUCUACUCCUCGGUUGUGUCUCCUAAGAUGAUCUAUGACCUGGUCUCGGUGAAGAAGGUCAUCACAUUUCACGCUUGUGCCCUCCAGUUCUUCGUCUUUGCCACUCUGGCAGGUACAGAAGUUAUUCUCCUGUCAAAUAUGUCCUAUGACCGUUAUGCUGCCAUUUGCCACCCUCUACAUUAUGUGUCCAUCAUGACCAAGAAGAAAUGCUUCCAUUUGGUUGUCCUAGCGUUUUGUCUUGGUAUCUUGCAGUCAACCGCACAGACCAGUUGUGUAUUCAGCCUCCAUUAUUGUGCCUCAAACCUCAUUGACCACUUCUACUGUGACAUCCCCCCACUGCUCCGACUGUCCUGCUCCGACACCUUCUCCUGUGACAUGGUCACAGUGUUCCUCAUCGGAUCUUAUAGUGUGGGUUCAUUGACCACCAUCUUGGUCUCCUACAUCUUCAUCCUUUCCUCUAUUUUACAGAUCAGGUCAGCUAAGGGCAGACAGAAGGCGUUUAGUACCUGCUCCUCACAUCUUAUUUGUUCCUCCAUUUUCUAUAUAUCUGUGUUCCUUACCUAUGUCCGUCCCCCGUCAGAUGCCUUCAAGAAACAAGACAAGGUGGUUUCCAUUUUUUAUUCAGUGAUGACCCCAAUGCUUAAUCCUCUUAUAUACAGCCUGAGGAACCAAGAGGUGAAGAAAGCCAUUGUGAGGGCCAUAUACAGCUUCAGCCAUGACAGAAGAAGACUGCUGGCUCUAAAGAACUGA